AAGCUCCAUUUUGUAUCGAAUGUAUUAUACGAUUGUGUAAAUUUCUUCCCUAGACAAGGUUACUGAAAUCUGGCGAAAAUACUCGGGUGGAAAAUAUAACUUAAAUAUUGAAGCAAAUUAAAAUGUCAGCCACGGACCAAAUGAGGGCAAUGCUCGACCAAUUAAUGGGCACAACUCGUAAUGGAGAUGAUGGACGCGGCCUGAAGUUUUCUGAUUCCCGUGUAUGUAAAAGUUUUUUACUUGAUUGUUGUCCUCAUGAUAUUCUCGCUUCAACUCGCAUGGAUCUAGGAGAGUGCCCAAAAGUUCAUGAUCUUGCUUUCAGAGCUGAUUAUGAAAGCGCCGCCAAGUCGCAUGAUUUUUAUUACGAUAUAGAAGCGAUGGAACAUCUGCAAGCUUUUAUAGCAGAUUGUGACCGACGUACAGAAUCUGCAAAACAGCGUCUUAAAGAAACACAAGAGGAACUAACUGCUGAGGUGGCUGAAAAAGCAAAUGCCGUACAUGCUUUAGCAGAAGAAAUCGGUAAAAAACUAGCUAAGGCCGAAGCGCUAGGAGAAGCAGGCGAAGUUGAGGAGAGUAUGUCCCUAAUGAAAGAAAUAGAGGAAUUGCGCACUAAAAAAAUUAAAGCAGAACACGAAUAUCGCACAUCAAUGCCUGCUUCAACCUAUCAACAACAAAAGUUGCGAGUAUGUGAGGUAUGUUCUGCCUAUUUAGGUAUACAUGAUAAUGAUAUACGACUGGCUGAUCACUUUGGAGGUAAGCUUCAUUUGGGUUUUCUCACUAUACGUGAAAAAUUGGUGGAGCUAGAAAAAAGCGCUGGUCCACGUAAGGCUGAACUUAAACGUAGUGGAAAAAUGAAUGAGCGUGGUGACGACAGACAGCGGUCUCGGUAUUUCGUGGGUGGUCGAGAGCUAGACCGACGUUCUCGUGUACAUCGAUCGAGAUCUAGAGAUCGAACUCGACGUAAUGAGCGUGGAGGGGGUGCAAGUAGUUCUGACAGUCGAUCCGAGAGGCGUGCAGAAAAGGAUAAAGAAAGAGAAAGGGAUCAUGACCGGCGAGGAAAUGCGGUAUCACCUGUCAGAGAAGAAAGAAGGCGUUCAAGAUCACGAUCUCGAGCACAUAACUACAGUUCUCGACGGAGGUCUCACUCACAUGAGCGUCAUCGCCGCUAAGGAGAACAGGAUUGCAGAAAACUGAAACUAUCUGUUGAAUUAGAUAACACUUUAUUCGACGGCAACUACAUUUGAUUUUAAUGUGUACAUGAAGAUUCCGGUAGCACGUAUGUAAUUAAUUAAAAUAUUUUACGUAUUUCAUUAUGUAACUAAUCAUAAAUUCAAUUCAAUGUUUUCUUUUUGCGAUUUCUUGAAUAAAAUCUCUUUCUCGAUUAUAGAAAUCAUA